AUUUAAUAUUACUUUUAUAAACAAUUAAAGGCUUUACGCGAGCAAAUUUAGCAAUUAAGCCACGAACCACUUACUUGCUCACUAGCCGGGGAUAUAUAUUAUCGUUUCAACAUGGCUGUUAAAGUUCACGGAUCCCUAGCAAGGGCCGGAAAGGUCAGGAAUCACACACCCAAGGUAGCAAAGCAGGAGAAGAAGAAACCACCAACUGGCCGUGCUAAGAAGCGCCAACAGUACAACAGGAGGUUUAGCAACAGUCUUGGUAUGAGGCCCAGGGGACCCAAUGGCCAGAGAUAAUCGGCUCACAAUCAACCUUGUUCAAUGACUUAAUGUGACCAUAUAGAUAGGUG